AUGAGCGGCUGUUCAUAUCAUAAUAGAAUACUCGAACUCAUUUGCUUUGAUUGCAAUAUGUUUAUGUGUUCCGAAUGUCCACCACAGCAUAAAGGUCAUUCAUUUGCAAAUAUAGAUAAUAUUAAAUCGAAUAAUAAUAAUAAAAGUAUACCAUCUUAUCUUGAUCUCCAGUCAACUAUUAAAUCAACAUUCGAUUCUUUAGAGUCAUCAGUCAAGGAAUAUGAACAGCUUCAACAAACUGAAGAUGAAAUAUCAAAUAGAUUCAGAGAGCUACAUGAAUUUCUUGUUGUCGAAGAACGAAGACUAAAGAAGUCUAUCAUAAACAACAAAGAGCUAGCAGAACAACAAAUAGAAUAUAAAACAAAUGUUAUGAAAUCAUUGAGUUCAAUUAAUCAUCAUUUAGCAAACAUUGAAACCUUUUGGAUCAGUAGAUUGGGUAGACCUAACAUUGCUAUCACAGACCAUAAUUUGGUGUACCAUCAACCUAAUGAUGAUGAGGGUUACAUCUAUUCAAUCCAGAAAAAAUACAUCUAUUCGAUAGAAGACAACAAAUGCGAACCAAUCUUUCAUAACGAUAAAUCUGAAAGAGCACAUAAUCAAUCGAUGCUUUGUGUUGACAUUCUCUUCCAAAGAUAA